UCUCGUGUAAUGCAAUUUUCAUUUAUGCCAAAAAAAUCAUUCACUUUCCCUCCGCUUCUUCAUAUAUAUAUGCUUCAAUUUUCUCUCAUUUUCUUUUAAACCAAACAGAAACAAAAAAGAAAAGAAAGGAAAAGGAUUUUUCAUUUUUUUCUCUUUGAAAAGUUAAAGAAAAAAUGUCCAGAGCUACCGUCGAGCUUGAUUUCUUCGGCAUGGAGAAAGCCAAUUCCUGCAAAUCUCAGUUCCAGAAAUUCCUCGAUCGCCGCCGGAGCUUCCGAGGUAUUCAAGGCGCCAUUUCGAAGAUGAAUCCGGAACUUAUCAAAUCUGUGAUUGCUUCCGGUUCGACGAACCGGAAUCCGGUUGAUUGGAGAAAAUCCUUUUCGGUUCCGUCGAGUCCUAAAGAAGAUCGGAGUACUUCGCUUCCUUCUUUACCUCUACUCAAUCCUGCUUUGAGGUCUACUCCUUCUGAGGAUAGUCCUGAAACUGCUCCGUUGACGAUUUUUUACAACGGAACGGUUUCCGUAAUCAAUGUACCUCGAGACAAGGCGGAAAGCAUCUUCAAACUUGCCGUUGAAGGAAGCUCAAAAAACAUUGAAUCUGUAGACUCAUCAAAAGCUGCAAAUCCUUCAAGUGAUCAACAAAACCUCCUCGAAGCUCGUAAUGGAGAUUUGCCAAUUGCUAGAAGAAAGUCGCUGCAAAGAUUUCUGGAAAAGCGCAAAGAGAGGUUGACUUCCCCUUAUGCUUGGUAGUCGCUAUACACCACCUAAACCAAAAAAACGCGUUUUGAAGAAAAAAGGAGGAAGGGCCCCAUUUUAUUAAACACAACGUAGAAGAAAACUCAAAAAAGGAGCCGACAAAGAAAGAUAAUUUUAGUUUUAGCUUAUGCAGAUAAUAUAAUAUAUAUCUACAAGUAUAUAGAAGAAAAUGGCUAAUUUAGGGUCUAAUAAUAGGGACUUGAAGCUUUUUUUUAAAAUUUUUUUAUAUAUAUUUAUGGAUUUGAAGACGUUGGUUUUUAUGUCACAUGUUAUAUGCUGACCUUCCCUUUAAUUAAUUAAUUUAUGACUUUAUUUACUGUUAUUAUACAAUUCUAAUAAAAGCAUGUGUUUGUUAUUAUUAA